AUGGCGGAGAAGCUUGAGCCGGCGAAGGUUUUGUACUGUGGAGUUUGCUCUGUACCUGCGAUUACUGCGAGUUCGGUCCUGAUUUCGGCAGAUGUAAGCCAUGGCUCAUUGAAAAAGCUCCAGAUCUCUAUCCUGACCUACUCAAAGGAGAGGCAAGAAGUUAUUAUUGAAAAGGUUGUCCGUAACAAGCGAAAGUGUAUCACCAAUAUUGUGAAAGGACUAGAACUCUUUGGGAUAAAACUCAGUGACGCUUCUAAAAAGCUCGGGAAGAAGUUUGCUACUGGAGCAUCAGUUGUCAAGGGACCAACUGAAAAGGAGCAAAUAGAUGUUCAAGGCGAUAUAUAA